AUGCCUCAAUCGUUGACCUCGGUAGUGAAGAUGGGUGACUUCAUCCUAAAGCAUGCAGCUUUGUCCAAGAUCGCUGUGCCAGUCGCCAAGCAAUUUGUAAACCUAGCAGGCUACAGACAGUUGGGUUUGAGAUUUGAUGAUCUUAUUGCUGAAGAGAACGCAGUUGCUCAGACUGCUUUGAGAAGAUUGCCUGAAGAUGAAUCGUACGCCAGAGUCUUCAGAAUCAUCAGAGCUCACCAGACUGAGUUGACUCACCAUUUGCUUCCAGAAAAUGAAUGGACCAAACCCAGCGAAGACGUUCCCUACCUGACACCAUACAUCUUGGAGGCAGAGGCUGCAGCCAAGGAGAAAGAGGAGUUGGAUAACUUGGAGAUCAGCAAAUAA